AUGACCGUGGAUGUAGCCGCUCCGGCCCUAAUCAGCACAAUCACUACAGUCGAAUCUGUCAACAAGCAAAAAAAGACACAACAGAACGAACAAAAGCAGCGGAUAAUUAAACGGCUGUUACCUCACGAUUUAAUUUCCUCGGACUUCGACGAGCUCAAGUUCAACGCUGCAGCGUCAAUCCAGCUCCAAUGGCAAGGCAAAGAGCAGAAAUUCCAUUCAUCCACACCUACGGAUUCCCAUCUCAUUGCCUCGCCAUACAACAACACUCCCCAUCUCUUGGAUUUAGAGACACUCGACACGCAGAGUCGACUUUUUGCUCUGGCUUUGUCCUUUUUCAAGCCUGUUCGUGAUGACUACGCCACAGCCGAGUACCUUGAUUCAUUCAAUUGGGCCGAAGUCCUCGAUCUUCUCAAAAAUUUUGCAGCCGCCGAGGGUCACACAUGGACGACGCAGUCUUUUUACGUGGUUGCCUUCCGGUCCAGACUUCAACCAGGUGUGGACCAAGAUCACCUGCAUGCGCUCGAUGCAUAUUCGCACCAAGAGGCCGUUGCAAGUGGCGGUCUGCUGAAAUAUUGGUUUGGUACGAAGAACGGCGAGAGGCAGAAUCUGGCAACCUGUGUGUGGCGCGGCCGAGAAGAUGCUCAGCUCGGUGGCCGAGGGCCAUGGCACGCCAAGGCACGGGCUGCUGCCAGGGAAUUAUAUGAAUCGAUUGUUUUCACGACCAUGGAGCUGGUUAUCGAGGAUAACGUUGAUUCAUGGAUGCUGAGAGACUGGCAAGAAGGCCAUGCAUCACAGUAG